AGUUCCCGUCGCAAGCCAUCAACAAGCCCGGCAGCAACCAGUCCCCGCAUAUCAAUUGGAGCGAUGUCGGCCGGAAAGAAGCACGCCCGCAGCGAAGGCGAGGAGCAGAGUACGCGCCUCGCCAAGAAGGCGAAGACGGAUGCGACAACGGAUGCGGCCGCCGACGCCGAAGCCGACGCCGCCUCCGUGAAGGCCGAAAAGAAGAAGGAUAAGAAGGAUAAGAAGGGUAAGAAGGAUAAGGAGAGGAAGGAAAAGAAGGAAAAAAAGGAGAAGAAAGAGAAGAAGGAAAAGAAGGAAAAGAAGCAGCGGAAGGAGAAAUCUUCCGAGGAGCCCGAGGAACAGCCAGUCGGAGGAGGCAUGGCCGAAGACGAACCUGAGCCCAAGCCUGAGAAGAAAGAGAAGAAGAAGAAGUCCAAGUCUAAGUCCUCCUCAGACGAGUCGACGCCGAACACAAGCGACCAGAACGCCACAACCGCCGCGACUACCGCCGAGUCUACUCCAGCCGCCAGCGGCCCAGCCCAGCGUAACGGUGCCUCCUACUCGUACCGGCAAACCUCCGCCCUCGACGCCGUUCCAGAUUCCGAGGUGCAAGAAUUCCUCAAGAAGCAAGAGAUCGCCAUCUCCGACCCAUCGGGCACCAAGCUGCGUCCCGUCAUGCAGUUCUCGCACCUGCCCUCCUCAGCCCUCAUCUCCAAGAAGCCCUUCGCCAGCUUCACCGCGCCGACACCCAUCCAGGCCGCGUCCUGGCCCUUCUCGCUCUCCGGCCGCGACGUGAUCGGCAUCGCCGAGACCGGGUCCGGCAAGACGAUGGCCUUCGCCCUGCCCUGCGUCGAGUCGCUCGCGUCCAGCCCCAAGCCCAAAUCCUCCUCGUCUAAGAAAUCCAACAGGACCGCGCACGCCCGCGCCGUGGUGGUCUCGCCCACGCGCGAGCUGGCCAUGCAGACGCACGCGGCCAUGUCGACGCUUGCCUCGCUGGUCGGGCUGUCCGCGGUGUGCCUGUACGGCGGCGCGAGCAAGGACGACCAGCGCGCGCUGCUGCGUCAGAACAGCGGGGCCGACAUCAUCGUGGCCACCCCGGGGCGGCUGAAGGACUUCCUCUCGGAGGGGUGUGUGUCACUGUCGGAGGUCAUGUUCGCCGUCCUCGACGAGGCCGACCGCAUGCUGGACAAGGGGUUCGAGGAGGAUAUCAAGCAGAUCCUGGGCAGCUGUCCGCCGCGCGAGAAGAGGCAGACGCUGAUGUUCACGGCCACGUGGCCGACCAGUGUGCAGGGGCUGGCCGAGGGGUUCAUGGUUGAUCCCGUGAAAGUGACGAUUGGGAACCGGACCCGCGCGGGCGGGGAUGGGGAUGGCGAGGGGAAUGGCGCGGUCGAGCUGCAGGCUAAUAAUCGUAUUGCGCAGACCGUGGAGGUGGUGGAUCCGCGGGGCAAGGAGCAGCGGCUGCUGGAACUGUUGCGCGAGGCGCAGCGGGGAGGCGGGAAGAAUGAUAGGAUACUGGUGUUCUGUCUGUACAAGAAGGAGGCGGUGCGGGUUGAGCAGUUCCUGCAGCACAGGGGCAUCCGCGUGGCGAGCAUCCAUGGCGACUUGCGGCAGGAGCAGCGGACGCGUAGUCUGGAGGCCUUCAAGGCCGGCACGACGACCGUCCUGGUGGCGACUGAUGUUGCGGCGCGUGGUCUGGAUAUCCCUGAGGUCAAGUUGGUUAUCAAUGUGACGUUCCCUCUCACGAUCGAGGAUUACGUCCAUCGCAUUGGUCGAACGGGCCGCGCUGGCAAGGAGGGCAAGGCCAUCACGUUGUUUACCGAGCACGACAAGGCGCAUUCUGGAUCACUCGUCAAUAUCCUGAGAGCGGCCAACCAGCCUGUUCCCGACGAGCUGCUCAAGUUUGGCACAACGGUCAAGAAGAAGGCGCACGACGCGUAUGGCGCGUUCUUCAAGGACGUGGACAUGAGCAAGAAGGCCACGAAGAUCACGUUCGAUUAGGGCCAAGAUACAUAGCGUGGCGUGGGUAGACGUUUCUGUUGGGAUUCGUGUCGGUGGUUUGCAUCAGCAUUGGGGUUUCUAGGCGCUUGCUUGCUGCCGGCCUCUGAUACCCUGGAUCGCACUGUAUAGAAAGCUCCUUUCGGACGCGGCUCUGCUUCACUGUUAGCCAGCCUGAUAGACAGUUUCAUGGAUAUGCAGAUACAAGGUGACUUACACAACCA